UGAUGGAUGAGCUUCAAGCUUCAACUUUGAUAUACACAACCCAAUCUCCCACAAUCCAAAGAAUUUCCUCAUUCCAAGCUUCUUCUACACUCAACCGACUUGAUAAUACGCAGAUACCCAUCGCUUUUCUUUCCGUUACCUUCCUUCAAAGCUCACACCUGUGGUCCCUGAUCCAAACACCAUCCCGUCACCUCUCCGACUCCUCGACACAAUCUCGCCAAGAUGCAAACAGGCUGCAUAAGUGAAGAUGGCAUCCACGUCGACAUGAACCACCUCAAAAAAGGCGAAGUCAACCUCGGAACCUCCAUCAUGGCCAUCAACUUCCGCGACGGCGUGAUCCUCGGCGCCGACUCCCGCACGACGACGGGCGCGUACAUCGCCAACCGCGUCACCGACAAGCUGACCAAGGUGCACGACACGAUCUGGUGCUGCCGGAGCGGGUCGGCGGCGGAUACCCAGGCGGUGGCGGACAUCGUGCAGUAUCAUCUGGGGAUGUACGGGAUCACGAACGACGAGGCGCCGACGACGCAGACCGCCGCGGCGAUCUUUCAGGAGUUGUGUUAUGAGAAUAAGAAUGCGUUGAGCGCCGGCAUGAUCAUUGCCGGCUACGAUCCCCGCCACGGCGGCCAAGUCUACUCGAUCCCCCUGGGCGGCUCCCUCCACAAGCAAUCGUACGCGAUCGGCGGCUCGGGCAGCACGUACAUCUACGGGUACUGCGACGCGAACUGGCGGGAGGACAUGAGCGAGGCGGACGGGAUCGCGUUCGUGCGCGGCGCACUGGCGGAGGCGAUCAAGUGGGAUGGGAGCUCGGGCGGGGUGAUUCGCAUGGUGGUGUUGACGGACAGGGGCGCGGAGAGGCAUUUGUAUUUGCCGGAUGUGGGGUAUGAGGGGCCGGGGAGGCAGCCGGGGGUGGUAGGGGAGUGA